GAUUAUGAUAUUGGUGCUGCCUUCGAUGGUGACGGUGAUCGCAACAUGAUCAUUGGCAGCAAGGCGUUCUUUGUCACCCCCAGCGAUUCGUUGGCUGUCAUUGCCCACUACUUGGAGGCCAUACCGUAUUUCCAAAAGAAUGGCGUGCAGGGAUUCGCUCGCAGCAUGCCCACCGCCUCUGCUGUGGAUCUGGUUGGCAAGAAGCUGGGCAAAGAGGUCUUCGAGGUGCCCACCGCCUGGAAAUACUUUGGCAAUCUCAUGGACGCCGGUCGUCUCUGUCUGUGCGGCGAGGAAAGCUUUGGCACCGGCUCAAAUCACAUACGUGAAAAGGACGGCAUUUGGGCGGUGUUGGCAUGGAUCUCAGUGAUGCAGCACACGGGCAAAAGCAUUGAGGAUAUUCUGAAGCAGCAUUGGUCCGUCUAUGGCCGUAACUAUUUCACACGUUACGACUACGAAGAGUGCGAUCUGGAACCCUGCAACGAGAUGAUGGCCACCAUGGAGAAGAACAUUACCGCAGCCGAAUUUUUUGUGGGCAAGAACUACUCGAGCAGCGGCAAAAGCUAUAAGGUGAAGCAGGCGGAUAACUUUAGCUACACGGAUCCCGUGGACAAGUCCGUGGCCACAAAGCAGGGAUUGCGCAUUGUCUUCGAUGAUGGCAGUCGCAUUGUGAUGCGUCUCAGUGGCACUGGAAGCUCUGGCGCUACCGUGCGUUUGUACAUCGACUCCUAUGAGAAGGAGAAUGUUCUGGGACAGGCCAGCGUCAUGUUGAAGCCCCUCAUCGAUAUUGCUCUGGAAAUUUCAGAGCUACCCAAGUUCACUGGACGCAAUGCACCCACCGUUAUCACAUAAGCACGGCAGCCGCAAAGAUUAUCUAAUCCAACUGCCAACUGUUAUUCGAAUGUGCAAUUCAUUUGGCACUAACGCAAUUUCUCUUUAUUGGCUUAAACCAAAGUUUGGCAACAAUUGAAGCAAUAAAAUAAGUUCAUGAAUCUUCAAGCAAUUGGCCAUAUAAUUUAUGUCUAUUCAUUAAUAAUGUAUCCAAAUUUAUUUUACACAAAUUAAAGCUUGUCUGUAUAUUAUUUAAAUAUUUAAUAAUCAA